AAGAGGUGGGGCCGAUGGUCCAGUAUAAAUAUUCCGAAGAUUCAACUAUGAAUCAAACAAUUUUUCAGACGUACUUCAACUUGUUUAGUUGACUAGUCGCUUCAUCCGUAAAAAUGAAAACCAUUAUCAUUUGUUUGGGUGUUAUCGCCGCCGUUUCUGCUCAAUUCCAUCCGGAACAGCAACCUGUUGCCAUUCUACGUCAGUCAUCAGAUGUAUCGCCAGAUGGUUCUUAUCAAUACAGUUACGAAACUGAGAAUGGAAUCCAAGUUGCAGAAAAUGGACAACCUGGACCAUUGAAUGAAGAAGGUGCACCUGCUGUUGUUGCUCAAGGACAAUACUCUUACACUGGUGAUGAUGGACAAGUAUACUCUGUCUCUUAUGUCGCUGAUGAAAAUGGAUUCCGUCCCCAAGGUGCUCAUCUUCCUGUAGCUCCUCCAGUACCUGAAGCUAUUGCUCGUGCUCUUGAGUACAUCCGUUCACAUCCCUCUGUUGAACAAUAAUUUAUCAGAUUAAAUGUCUAAAUUAUCUUCUAUCUUUUGUAAAAACGUUUAGGAAAAAAAAAUAAAAUUUAUUUUUAAAAAGUA